CGUUUGCCGUUCAGUUCAGCAUCCAUUCGUUCCGAUCGACAUAGAAAACCGACCGUGAUAUUCGUGUGUGGUGGGAUAUUUGGUCGAAGAAGUGCGUACCGUGUGUGUGUCGCUUCGCAUUCGUUCACAGCAGGCGCAGCAGAAGCAGCAGAAGCAGCAGCAGGCGUGCGUGUGCCCAAUAAUAUAUUCCCGUGCAAAAAGUCCCGUCUCGAAAUAAAACGGCACGCGUCGGUGUGUUGAAUGAAAAAGUGUCCCACAUUCGUGCGGCUAAUGAUCCGCCCGGGGUGGUAACAUCUAUCGAUCGCGAAGAGGGCCGCUACUGGGGGCCACCCGUAAACGAUUAACGCAAGAAACGGGUCGCCCAGUGUCGUCAUUCUCCCCUUGUCCGACGUAUUACGCGCACCUUUCUGCUUUGCCACGCGUGUGCUUUCCGAUAUGUUAAAUGGUAGCAAUUAGAUGAACGGUACCAUCCGGGUCGGCGGGGGAAACCUGUGAAGGAAUCCGCAGGGAAAAUGUGCCCCAAACUGAUGAACUGCAUCGGUGGUACGUCGUUGCUCGGGAUGACUCAGUGCAGCAGCUGCAGUUGCGACAGUGACAGUAGUGCAGUGGACAACCACGGGGUGCUGGCCUAGCUUUCGCGGGGUAUCUAUCACGCCCGCGUUCGUGCGGACGGGUGCAACGGGAGCAGGAGGGAAGCAACGAGGGAGCUCGGGUGUAAUAGGAGAAAGCUACCGCACAGCAACGACGGUGGUGACGGUGGUGUUGUUCGGUAACCACGGCAACAGUAACAACACUCGUCGUCGGCCGGCAUCGCGAUGUCUGCUGCCGGAAGUGCGGUGACCGGCGGAAGUCUUCCGGCGCUACUGAUGGCGAACGGAGGCGGAGGGCCACCCGGGCUUGGACCGGGUGGCGGUGGCAAGGGACCCGGCCCCGGUGGCAAACCGGAUAUGAAGACGGGUCUGGUCUCCUCGGCCGGGGUCGGUGGAGGCAGUGCGGGUGGAAGUGGGAGCGGCGGGGCUCCCGGAAAGGUGCUGCUUGGCGGGGACAAACACGAAACGUGGCAGAUGGAGCUGCUGAUGGAGCGGUUACGGACGAAGGCCAAAUCCGCCCAGUACAAAUCGUUCCCGGAAAUGUCCAAAUCCGUUCGGAUGUCGCUUCUGGAAAAACGAUACGCCCUGGAUGCGGUGGAAAAAUCGAACCUACAGAAAACGCUCGACAGCAUGCAGUACUGCAUAAAAGUGACCACACGGCAGGGUUUGGUUGAGCGUCUCGACUGCCUCACCCGGCAGCUUGGCCUUAAACUCAGCGAAGACACGUCCGGGUUGUUCAUUUCGUCCGACAUGUUCUAUCUGGAGAUUAUUCUCGAUCCGGCCGGCGGUACGGUGCAGGACGUGAAGGUGCACCACGAGUGCAAGAUGAAGCAGCAGAGCUGCAGCGAGCUGGUGGCCUGCCUGCAGCGCGGAGACUUUGCCGACUUUACCACCCAGCUCGAGGGGCUGGCCUCGAUCUACCAGCUGAACGCGGAGAAGAAGAUCAAGGUGAACGCGUUCGUGGCGCUGCAGGCGCUCGAGACGGAUCUGCACACGCUGUACACGCUGUCGGCGCAGCGGUUCCCGGAUGUGCACUCGCUGCUGCUAAAGUCGCCGCUCGGCGUGGUGCAGAAGCGUCGCGGUGGCCAUCCGAUGCGCCUGACGUACUUUGUCCCACCGUACGAUCUGCUCGAUCUGGACGCGCGCACGAUGAACGUCCUGUCGGCGGAGCUGAUCGCGAAGGAGCGCAUCGGGUGCAGCGUGGCGGUCGUGCUCGAGGCGGCCAGUGCGAACAAGCUGCAGAUUCAACCGCUGUUGGUGGUUAAUCCGGCGGCGGGCGGUGCAACGAGUGCUUCCUCCACGAACGCCACCCCGGUGUACACGCCGAUCGAGAAACACAACUCUACCUCACUGCCGGCCACGUUCGUGCUGCGGCUCAGCAAACCGAUGCCCAUCAACGCGGCGAUGAUGCGCACGAUCAGGGGAAUCGUGGCUGGAGGAACGGGUGGGCCACCGGUAGAAGCAGCACCCGGCGAACGGGUGCCUUCGUCGUUGCUCGGGUUGAUCGCGCAUCACGCGUCCGGUGGCUUCGUGACGGAUCUUUCCCGUGGACUGCCGGUGACGCUUCCAGAUCAAUGCCACUGCUACUACCUGACGGACAAUGCGGCCCUUCAAGGCGUGAUGGUAAGCAGCAUCCCGUUCACCGAGCCCCAGCACGUCCCGAAGAUACUCACGUUGCUCCGGCAGGCGGCCGUCUUCAAUCAGCUUCUCGCCAGUUGCAUUCGAACGACGUCCGCCAACCGGAGCGGGGCGGGUAACGGAUCGCUCGAGUCGGAGAACGGGCUCUCGGGCGUGGGUUCGCUCGUGUUCGAGGUAACGGCCCUCUCUUGCCAGUACGUCACCGUCUCGCUGAUGCACCCGUACGAGGAGUCGCUGGCGACGGUCGAGUUCGAUCUGCAGAACAUCGCCAGCAUUGCCGUGCGCAUCUAUGGCUGCGGCGGUGAGGGCGAGGAGCAGGAAGGCAGCGACCAGCAGACCGGCGAGCGACUGUCGGCCGUCUUACAGCGCUGCAUGUCCAUCCCGGUGACGUUGCGCGCGCUCAUGAAACACUGGGAGGAGGAGCACGAGCAAAAGUUCAAACCGAAACCGGUCCCCGGACUGACGACGUCGAUCUCUUCAUCAACAUCGAACGGUGGUGGUGGUGGUGGAGGUAGUGGACCAGGCAACGGAGGAAGUGGCGGUGGACUAUCCAAUGGCGACGGUGGUGGUGCAGGGGGCGGUGCCACCGGUGAGGAUGUUGGUGGUGCGAAUGGAUUUAGUUUAGCAUCACUUGGCACCGGCACGACCCCACUCGACGGCGGAGGAGGUGUUGGAGGUGGAACAGCGAACGGUGGUGGAGGGGCAGCAAACUGUCCACAACAGCAAAGGACGCUGUUGAACGGCAACAAUGGCGGCGGCAUCGGAAAUAACAACCUCACCGUCGUCGGUGGCGGCAACCUUGGGUUGGAUUUUUGUGAUAUGUUAGCCACCGGGCGCAACGGGACGGCGGCGUCGGGGGGCCUCGGGGGCGCUGGUGGGAUGCGCGGAACUGCUCCACCACCACGGGAGCCCCCGGAACCGUUGGCCGGCGGAAUGGCGAAGAAACGACGCAUGGUGGAUUUUUGUAAGAGCCCAAAGAGUGAUAGCGACCUUAGUGCUGCUGGUACGUGUGGCAACGAUGGUGGCGUUGUGGAGGGUACCGAUACCGGCACGUCGCCGGGCAGUGGCGGUAACAGCACCGCCGCCGCGGCCGGUCCGAGCGGUUCGGACGGAAACGAUGGGACCGUUCCGGUGAACCGGGUGGAACCGUUCGGUGCGGGAGGGAACGAGCAGCGUAUGCAGCAGACCGUCGGUGGCACGGAGGGGGACACCGGUGGGCUCGAUUCCAAGGGCAACUCUUUGGGUGGAACUACAACUACCAACGCAACGAUGAUGAUGAUGACGACAACGAUGACGGCGACGACGACCACGACGACGAUGCCGGCCGAUCCUCCAGGCGUGUCGACGAAAGACGACACCGUUGGUCACAAACUGCCAACCACUACAACCUCCUCCUCCUCCUCCUCCACCUCAGCUUCUACUUCCACCCACUCGGCCAUGACAACGGCGGAAGCGAGCGUUCGAUCCGCCGGUGCGCUUCUGCUCGAGAGUUUGGACUUUUCCGCGCUCGACGACACCAACGAGCUGCUGCUGGACCCGAAGGCGGCAAAACCCGCCCGCCCGUCGACCAAGCGACGAAGGAAUAGCUCGAGCAGUUCCAGCUCCAGCUCGAGCAGCAGUUCCAGCUCGAGCAGCAGCUCCAGCAGUUCCGGCUCGGACGACGUCGAAGAGACGGUCGAUCAGGUGGAGGCGGAAAUGAGCAGCUUCUUUUCCGAGACGGGAAACGAUCAUACACCGCCGCCGCCGGCGGUGGCAAAUGAUUCCGUUGCGAAGGAUACGGCGGCCAAAGCGACCGGCCUCGCUGCGAAUCCCUCGCCACUGUGUGCCACUCCACCGGCCAUCGGCGGUGAUAUGGGGAGUGCUCUGGGUUUCGGAGACAAACGGCCGGUCGUAGCAGUGACUCCUCCGACGACUACGACGACGACGACUGCCACGGGUGGCGGUGGUCUUGAGAUCAUUCCUCUCGCAACAUCGACGACUGCAUCGAUGGUCGGUGCCGGAAGCCUUACCUCUUCGGUAACGAUCACACCGAUUCCAGCGACGACGAGUGCCACAACAGCGCACACAUCCACGUCAUCGUCUUCGUCGAAGAAAACCUCCUCCUCCUCUUCGGGUAGCGGCAGCCACCGGAAGGGCGCCGACGGUGAGCGGAGCUCCUCCGGAGGCAGCGGCAAAUCGUCGGAGAAGAAGAAAAAACGCAAAGCGGAUGACGCGGCGAUGGGACCACCGAACAAGCUGCCGUACAAAACAGGCGGCGAAUCGUCCCCGAGUCGGAGUGGCAUCGGUGGUGGUGGUGGUGGUGGAAGUAGCAGCAAAUCGAGCCCGAAACACUCGAGCCCGGUCCAUCACAGCAGCCCCAAGGGCCACCAUGGUGGCGGUGGAGGAGGGUUGGGGUUUCACAGCCCGAAGCACAGCACGGGCGCUACCUCUUCGGCGUCCCCGAAGCAUCCGCUGCACUCGGGCGGUAGUUCGACGGGGGGCGGGAAACCGAGCAUGUCCGCCCUUAAAUCGGCCGCCGCCAGUGGAAGCUCGCCCGGUUCCAAAUCAUCGUCCGACGGUGGGCCAUCGUCGUCGGCCGGCGCCGGCGGUAGCACCGGUUCAUCCAAGGAACAGCGCGAUAAAGAACGUUCGGAAAAGAAAGCGCUACAGUUUUCCUCCUCCUCCGGCACUGCGUCGUCCCUCGGUGGAGCGCUUGCCUCGACGAAGAUAAAAAAUUCCAACCUAAAGCUGAAGCAGCUCGACCUAACAUCGGCCGGAUCGUCGCUAACGAUCUCGAUGAGCCCCGGUGCCGGCGGUGACGGCCUACCAACGUCCGCUCCACUGAUCGACCUUACCGGAAGCCCGGUGAUGGGUUCCCCACUGCAGUCGGCCGGUGGAAUCGGGUCCGCGUCGAACGCGGCUAGCUCCAUGCUGCAGGCGCUUCAGGCGGCCAAAUUCUCCCGCAAACCAUCGGCACCCGGUGGACCAAGUGUUGGAGCCGGGGGUGGAAAUGGGGGAGGUAGUGUGGGAGCGGGCUCGCUUAGUGCCGUGAUAGAUAAGCUCAAGUCGGCACAGUCAGUGGACGAUGAUGGAGGCGCCGUACUCGUGCUGCCGGAAAUGACCAUCACUCAGCAGAACGCAUCGACGACGACGACGUCGUUGGGCGGGAUGGGGGCGAGUGUGAACAUCGGUAGCUUCGGGGCACUUGGUGGCGGCGGCCUGAAGGACUCCACCAAGGGUGGUCUGCUCUCUGCGACGUCUCUUGCCAACUGUACCUCCGCAGGGAUCGGUGCUGCCGGGCAAUUAUCUUCCGCGUCAAACAGUGCGCCCUCGCUGACGGCGGCCCUGACCAGCGGCAGUAAGGCGUCGGAGUAUAUGGUCAAGCCGAGCUCCGACGGCAUCAAACUGACCAUACAGAAUAAAAAGGGUUCGAAGGGUACCGGCGGUGGUUCCAAAUCGUCCAGCGGUGGUGGUAGCAGUAGUAGCAAGUCUGGCCUCAAACCGGGCGUUUCCAGUGGUCCAAUGUCGGCCAAGAGCCUCCAGCAGCAGCAGCAGCAGCAACAGCAGCAACAGCAGCAGGCAAACCACACUACCUCCUUCAGCGGGGCAUUCCCAUCGUCGACGAAGAGCCCGCACUACACGAGCAGCACCGCCGGAUCGUCGUCGUCAUCCGCUUCCUCCUCCUCCUCCUCAAAGACACCGUUCCAGAAGUCGAACUCGUUCGGUUCGCUGAGUGGGAGCGGUGGAGCCAUCGGUGGCAUGAAGGCGAAGGUGAGCUCCCCGAAAUCGACCUCCAAUCCGGGCAACUCGUCCUCGUCCUACUCAUCAUCGUCGGGGGCGAAGGAGAAGGGUUCCACCGGGCUGUCGGCCGGUCGCUCGAAGUCAUCGUCCGCCGCGUCACUGGCCGGUUCAAUGCUGUCCGCUGCCGCCGCCGCCGCCGCCGGUUCAUCCUCCGGUUCCUCUUCCACGCUGGUCAACCCGAUAUCGAUCAUGAAGAUGCUCGGGUUCCCUGCGGGUGGACUUGGCAACAUGGAGGGCUUUGCGAAGUCGCUCGACACCAAGUUUCAGAUACCGAAACUGUCCGCCCGCACGGGAAACACGGCAGGUGGCGGGAAUGCUGGUGGUGGUAGUGGAACGGCCUCGAAUCUCCCUGGGGGUGAUCCGGGUUCGGGUGACGGGAACAAGGCAUCCGGCAGGGCCGAAGCAGGUCGAAAGCAGAAACAAAUGUCCGCCAACCCUCAGCAGCAGCAGCAGCAGCAGCAACAACAACUAUCGUUACCGGUGGGACCGUCUGCAUUGAGGCAAUUUACGCCUUCACCUUCCGGUGGGAGUAACGACGGUUUGGCAUCGGUUGUUAGCAACGCCAGCACGCGCCUUCUCUCCGAUCUUCUCGGUGCAGCAGCGGCGGCUAAGAAUGCUUCCAAAAUGGGCACAGGCGGAGGAGGAGGAGGAGGAGGUGGAUGUGGAGGUGGAGGUGGAGGAGGAGGAGGAGGCGGGAACCCCACGAGUGGGACCGACGGACAGUCUGCACUACAUCCGCUUCUCCCAAACAUCGUGCAGAAAAUGCUCGGCAGUGACGGAUCGCUGCUGUCGAAGUCGAACAGUUCCGAUGGGAGUAUGUUCCCGGGCGGUGGACGUGCCUCACCCGGGAUGCUGUCGGCAGGUGGUGGCGGAAGCCGCGAUGGUUUUCGCAGCUCCGGUGGGUCCGCUCCCGGAACACCGACGACAACGACCGGCCCACCGAUGGUACUGCCACCGUUUCCCUCGCCCGUUUCGACCGACGCUGGUGACCUGGCGGGAUCGACCCUGAUGAGACCACCGUCACGGCCGAGCAGCACCAUCUCGAACCAUUCCCAUUCGUCCCAGGAUGGCAUGACGUCCGGUGGUGGACUGGGUGAAGGAGCAGGCGGCCAACCCAGUCCCUCGAUGGCGUCGAUGAUGAUGAUGAACGCGCUUGCUGGUGGCACAGGUGGCCAGUCGCCUAUUCAGCUGGACAGCACCAGCACACAGCAGCUGAUGGCGGCACUGGCGGCGAAGAGUGCGACAGGCGGAGGCGGAAGUGGCGCUGGCCUUCUCAACCACGGCAAUCACCUCAACCAUCACAACCAUCAUAAUCAUCUUCACAAUCACAUGGUCGGAGGAGGUGGUGGUGGUGGUGGUGGUGGCUCCACAGGGGGACCACUGAAGAACCAUCCCUCGCCGGCGUCCGUUUCGGUGCACAUCGUCAAAUCGCCAGCCCCGUCGCCACUUCCCUUCGCAUCACCCCUUUCUAACUCUUCCUCCAACCACGGUGGUGGUGGAAGCGUGGCCGGGGCAGCCAGCGGACCGGGUGGUGUCGGGAUGGAUGACGAUCUGCUGGACGAAGCACUGAUCGGAAUUAGCAGUAAAUGACAGGCAGGAUGAGGACAGGACGGAAGGAUGCACUGCCGUGCACUGCCAGCAAAAGCAACCGAACGACAAACGACGUUGCUAGAGUAUUGCGCCUUAUUACGUUGAUGAUGAUGAUGAUGAUGAGGAUGAUGGUGAUGAAUUACGAAGAGUAGCUUAAAGAUCAUGACACACAAAGGAAAUAUGCGACUAUUCGCAAUAUCGAACCGCGCGGCUCGAAGAAAGAGGAACACAAACUACAUAAACCACACACACACACGCCUAAACACAUGGUUUCCGUUUCCCUUCUUAAUGUUGUUGUGGGAAGGAGUAGUUCUUCUGUCCCGGAUAACUGGAAAGUGUUCGAACACGACAAUCGCAAUGUUGGGUGAGAUACAAAGCGUGUCCUCACCGGGCGGAACACAUGCACGCGCACAAAUGCUACACAGGACGCAUUUUCUGCACCUUAUUUCCAACUAAUACCUGCUCGAACGGGCUUUAGAAUAAUUUACUCACUCACAUGAGCUUAAAUAUGUUAUUCUUACCCAUUUUUGUUCGUUUUCUUUUGUUGAGUUUUCGUUCCACUUGUCUGUUUCUGUCUUGAAUUUCCAUUAAUGCCUCCAAACGUGGGGCAGCUUCUAUCUCUGCCGGAAUGUGGAUACCGGUAGAGCAAGUUUUUUUCUUCGUGUGUAUAUGUGCAUGGCGUUGCCGUUUCCGCGUGGUCGCGCACGUUGAGCGGGUUUUGUGAAAAACGAAGAGCAAUGUAAACAAUGUAAUAACAAUCUCUAACCAAGCUAAGGCCACCACCUGUUGUGAGUCCCCCAAAAUCACAUGCAUAUAGUGGUUUGUAGUCGUAUAAGUCGGUAUAAGCUAGUAAGACACGUUAGGCAAAGGGCAGUAUAGGGAAAUGUAGGGGAAGCGAGCGACACUGGAGCGUCGCUGGCAAAGAGUGAGAGAGGAGGGAGUGUGUUUGUGUGUGUGCGAGGGUUGGGACAAAAAGGUGAACAGGUUAAAAUAGUAGCAUCAUUGAAGAGCAGUAAUAAAGCAACAACAAAAGCAAAUGCAA